AUGGAAGACAAAGACAGAGCGCCUCCCGAUCCCGCAACCGCCGGCGAGUUUAUCGGCAACUCGAGCUGGUCUCUCGGCGUCGAUGAAUCCGAUGGAAGUCAUUUCUUCUCCGGCGAUAGAGAUAGAACCAUGUUCGGUGACAUCGGCUGGGAUCUUGUACCGGACCAAGUCGGGGCCAGCGAGGGAUCGUUGCCGCCGGUUCAACCCGGUUCGAUCGAACCAGUUCCGACGUCAUCUUAUAGGUCUAAUAAUCAAUCUAUUUCUUCAAGCUCCAGUGAGGAUCCGCCGGAGAAAUCUACCGUCUCAGACGAAAAACCGCCGGAAAUACCGAGUAAAAGUAAAAAGAAAGGGCAAAAGCGAAUACGGCAGCCGCGGUUUGCAUUUAUGACCAAGAGUGAAGUUGAUCAUCUCGAGGAUGGCUACAGAUGGCGAAAGUAUGGUCAGAAGGCAGUUAAAAAUAGCCCAUUUCCUAGAAGCUAUUAUAGAUGCACAAAUAGUAAAUGCACAGUGAAGAAAAGGGUUGAACGCUCUUGUGAAGACCCAACUAUUGUUGUAACAACUUAUGAAGGCCAACACUGUCAUCACACAGUUGGAUUUCCUCGAGGUGGAAUCAUUAGUCAUGAAGCUUCCUUUACUGGCCAAUUCGCUCCAACAAUGCCUCACUUCUAUUAUCCUAUUCAAAUACCUACAGAAUCAAACACUUGCACCACUCCUGUUUCUAGCCAACCACUUGAUGAUCAUGAAGCUGGAAGAUCGAGCAGCGCUACAAUGGCUGUUGCUGAUGCAUCGCUGCCGCAGCAUCCAACCGAUGAAGGACUACUUGGAGAUAUUGUACCCCGUGGAAUGCGCAGCAGGGAUGAGAGAAAUAUUUGA